CAUUUUUGCGCGAUUUAAAAAAAAACACUUGAUUUUUGUCCGAUUAAUUUGAAUUUGUCAGGUUGUUUUUCGUAUAAAACAAACCAGACAAACGACAAACAUGUCCGAUCAACGAAAUUAUCAAUUUCCUUACCAACCAUACGAUAUUCAGAUCAAAUUAAUGAAUCAAUUAUAUGAUUCAUUUGAAAAUGGUUAUAUAUCGAUUGUUGAAAGUCCAACCGGUACUGGUAAAUCAUUAAGUAUUAUUUGUUCAUUAGCUAAAUGGAUGGAAGAUUAUAAACUGAAUCAAUUGCAAAAAUAUACCGAAGAAAUUGAUGAACGAAAACGACAGAAUCAAAUGAAUGAAAAGAAUGAUGAUUGGCUUGCGACUCAAUUGAAACAAAUGACAAACAAUAAUGAAAUUAAUGAUUUGAAUUUGAAACUUGAAAAACUAACCAAACAUAUUGGCUAUUCAAAAGAAUUGAAAAAGCGAAAAACAGUUCAACAACGCAAAAUGAAUCAACAAUCGAUCCAAGUGAAACGAAAUUCAAAUGAUGUUGAUGAUGAUCUUGAUCUUGAAGAUUUAAUCAUUCAAUUCGAUGAAGAUGUUAACCUGAAUGAUGAUGACGAUGAAAAAAAUUCAGAUUAUUUUCUACCAAAAAUCUAUUAUUGUAGCCGUACACAUUCACAAUUAUCACAAUUUAUAAAUGAAUUUAAAAAAACUCGAUAUUAUCAACAUAAUCCAAAUUCAUUAAUGUUAAUACCAUUAAGUUCACGUGUAAAUUAUUGUAUUAAUCAACAAGUAAAUCAUUUUAAUAAUCUCAAUAUGAUUAAUGAAAAAUGUAAUGAUUUACAACAGCAGAAAAAUUCUAAACAAAAAUGUCAAUAUAAAAAUCAACAAAAAAUCCUGGAAUUUGGUCAGGAAAUUCUUGCCCAUGUAAAUGAUAUUGAAGAAAUUGUAACCGUUGCCAAACAACGACAAGCAUGUCCAUAUUAUUCUGCACGGAUUGCUAUACCAGAAUCAGAAAUCGUCGUUAUGCCAUAUAAUAUUCUAUUACAUCGUUCGACACGUGAAAAUUUCAAUAUUCAAUUGAAAGAUUCGAUUGUUAUUGUUGAUGAAGCACAUAAUCUUCUGGAAACCAUUAGUAAUGUACAUAGUAUUCAAAUAUAUUCCCGUCAAUUAUCAUCAUUAUUAAAAUAUCUUUCAUUGUAUAUGACAAAAUAUUUAAAUCGUUUCAAUUCAUUGAAUCUAAAAUAUUUGAAACAAUUAAUAUUUGUCAUAAGGAAAUUAUAUCAAUAUCUUUUGGAAGCCAAAACAAAUACCUGCUUACAGCCAUUAGAUUUAACAAUCAAAUUGAAUAUUGAAAAUAUUAAUAUUCAUGAAUUGUUGCAAUUUAUUGAACGUAGUAGAAUUGCAAGUAAAUUGCAUAUGUUUUCGAAUCAAAAAUCGGUUAAUGAUAAAAAUCGUCCAGACAAAAUAAUAAAAUCAACCGGUACGUUGGAAUUUUUGAAAAAAUUUUCAAAUAAUCAAGCAAAAGCUAGUGGGAAACAAAUUGAAGAAUCAAAUGUUAAUGAUGUGGAUGAUGAAUUUCUUCAAAUAAAUACCAUACAUUUGAUUAAAGAUUUUCUAUCAUCAUUAAUUAAUUAUAAUGUUGAUGCAAAAAUAUUAAUACAAAUUGAUAAUGAUGAUAAUCAUUCUUCAUACAAAUAUCUACUAUUAAGUCCAAGUAGCCAUUUUAAAGAUAUAUUACAGGAAUGUCGUUCAGUUAUACUUUGUGGUGGUACAAUGAAACCAUUCAAUGAUUAUAUUAAUCAAUUAUUUCGUCCAUUAAAUAUCAAUGAUAAUCGUACAAAAUUUUUCUCUUGUAAUCAUGUUAUCGAUGAUGAUAAAUUGAUUGCAAUCGGUUGUUCAUAUGGCCCGAAUAAUAUCCGGCUAAAUUAUUCAUUUCAAAAUCGUAAUUCCACCGAAAUUGUUAAAGAAACUGGCCAUCUACUUGUUGAUAUUGUUAAAAAUAUACCGAAAGGUAUUGUCGUUUUUUUCCCAUCAUAUGAUUAUCAAGAAUUUCUCCUAAAACGAUGGUCGGAUGAAGGUAUAAUGAAAUUAUUUGAACAAAAUCAAAAACGUAUAUUUCGUGAACCGAAAAAAAAUUCACAAGUUCAAUUGAUAUUGAAUAAUUAUUCGAAAUUUAUAAAAUCAUCAACAAAAAAUAGUGCAAUUCUUUUUUCGGUUAUUGGUGGUAAAAUGAGUGAAGGUAUUAAUUUUAGUGAUGAUUUAGGUCGUGGUAUUAUUGUUAUCGGUCUGCCAUAUGCAAAUCGUAAUUCAAUUGAAUUAAUGGAAAAAAUUGAACAUUUAAAUCGUAUCGCAUCGAAUGCUGGUAAUGAAUAUUAUGAAAAUCUUUGUAUGCGUGCUGUUAAUCAAUCGAUUGGACGUGCAAUUCGCCAUCAAAAUGAUUAUGCAACAAUCAUAUUGAUCGAUGAACGUUAUGGAAAAUUAUCGGUAAAUUCCAAAUUAUCCGAUUGGAUUCGUACCCGUUUUCGACAACCAUCAAAUCAUUCCGAAGUUCGAUUAUUGAUUCAGAAAUUUUUUCAAAAUAAACAAGUGAAAAACGAUUGAUAACGAAGAAAGAAAAAUUUAUUAAAAGUUUUCAAAUGAAAAA